AUGCAGAAGAGGGUUGUCCAGGAGAGAUCAAGCCCUUCACUGUUUGAUCCUCCUGCCACUACGGAGGCCAGGUUAGUAGUGGGAAAAUGGCUGACCGCUAUUCGUUCUCGCCCAAGUAUUGGUUUGAGAUUUACCUUGACCUGGUUUAGAUUUUGUUAUGAGGAAGAUUGCACCAAGGAGGAUCCUCUUUCACAAGAGAGCUUCCGGAAUCUAGCUCUGCCUUUACCAUAUUCGAAGCAGCACCAUUCAAAACUCGUUUGCUAUAUUUCUAGAGAGCUGAUGGACACGGAGAAUCCGCCACAGGUGCUGCCCAAUGGUUAUGUCUACAGCACCAAGGCACUCAAGGAAAUGGCCGAGAAGAACGGAGGGAAGAUAACAUGUCCGAGGACAGGUUACGUCUGCAACUACUCCGACCUAGUUAAGGCCUUUAUAUCGUGAGCUUGGAUGCAGAAGAGGGUUGUCCAGGAGAGAUCAAGCCCUUCACUGUUUGAUCCUCCUGCCACUACGGAGGCCAGGUUAGUAGUGGGAAAAUGGCUGACCGCUAUUCGUUCUCGCCCAAGUCAGUAACACUACUUUGCCUCUGUGAAUAAACAUAAAUUCGUAAUCUCACAUCAUCUGUAGCAACUAUUUCUUACCCCUUGUAAAUUCAUUUUUAUUUCAUGUGUUAGUAAAUCUUUAAUCAGCAACCAUGGAAUAACAAUUUUAGUCCGAGUUCCAGUUCCUGGACUACAAAAUUAGUUUCU